UUAAAGUGGAAAAGUCCAAGAAAGAACCAGAUACAAUGGAAAAGAAACACAGUAUCCAAGUGCCUGAAAUCGUUCGCCGUUUUACUAAAAUCUAUCAAAUUGUGGGACUAUGGAAGAAUGGAGGCGAAAACGUUUCAUUGCAACAGAAAUUCUACUUUACAUUCUUCAAUGUAUUCAAUUCGACUUCGUUCAUUGGAAUGUGGACGAUUGACGACAUUGAUAACACUGUUUUUCUGGCAGUGUUGUUCCUCAUUCUGGCAAUACAAACGUAUCGACUGUACUUUGUCAUGUGGAAGCAAAAUCCCAUUCUUGAUUUCUUGCAUAAAAUCAGCGUUAACAGUACCGACAAUUAUCAAGCCUUUUCCAAUGCGAACUAUAAAAUCAAAUAUCUGUUCACCCUUGCUAUAUUGGUCCUUAUCCUUUCGUACACCCUAUGCGUUGGUGUUGUAUGUUUGCCAUUGAUCAAGAUGCAGUUACUUUUCGACAUCGCUUUUCCGUGGGACUACAAAACCAAUAUCGUUGCAUUUUGGAUGGCCUAUGCAACUGUUGCCGGCGGAUAUAUUUUGUCCAUAACUUUAGUUAUGUUCACCACAACAGUGUGGUACAUGAUGCUGAUCUUUGUGAUUAAAUAUGAUUGGCUGGCGAAUGAUUUUCGAAGUUUGGGAGUAGCGCGAGUAGCGAGACAAGAAAAAUCUGUGAAGAAUGUAACGGACGAUCGAGCGAAAAAGAAUUCGCUUACGAAAGAUUUGACCAGGUUUGAAGGAGAAGAAAGUUCUUACGUUAAAAAUUUGGUUGAAGCAAUCAAAAGACUAGAGACCAUCAAUGAACAACUCGAAGAAUUUGAAUCGACAUUUUCCACCCUGUUCCUACUGCAAAUCGUCACAAGUAGCAUUUGUAUCUGUGGAACCACAUUCGUUUUGGCCUUCAUGUCCCAUGACAACGUCUUUCAAUAUGUAUUUUACACCAUAGAGAUCAUCUAUUGUUUCGCCGAUAUUUUUGCGGUUUUGUACUUGGCAAACGAAAUAAUGUUAUCUUCGGACAGGCUGUCCUACUCUCUGUUUGAGUCAAAUUGGAUUACUCAGACGCAAUACUGCAAAAAGUAUAUCAUCAUUGUGGUGGAAUAUCUGAAGAAGCCCAAACAGUUUAUAGUUGGCAAAUUGUUUGCGUUGAAUUUAGAAACGUUUACCUUGAUUGUGAAACGUUCCUUCAGCAUGUUUAAUAUCCUAAGAAAUUUUAAACAGUAAUUUGUCGAGCAUGGAAUGUUACCAAAUGGAUAAAAGCAAGGCGCUAAUGGCUCUAGUUGGAAUUUUGUUUCUUCCGUCUGGAAUUCACCGAACUCACUUCUUC